GAUUUACUGUUUUACAUUUCAAUCACUAUGUGGCGGUUUCUGUUAACAGCUGUCCUCCUUGUAACGUACGCCAAUGGCCAAAGUACCCCUAGGUCUGGGGAUGAAUUGGUUUCUACAGUACUGGACAACUGUAUAGACAUGGGGUGCGUCAAGCAAAAUGUCUUGGGAUAUCUGGAUAACGUACUUGAACUCAAGAGUGACGUUAGGAACGCUAAGAAUAUCGAUACCGCUAUCUUCAAAAGAACAGCGAGGAUUUUGCAGACUCAUGAAUUAAAAUUCAAAAUUCCCGAUGUACUGAUGGAAAAAACUGAAAUUGUUUAUAAUCCAAAAUCUGGUCUUGAUAUUGUUUCACAUGAAACAGAAGAAGAAUCAAGAGCACUAGGACUGAAGAAGAAACUUUUGUUUCCAGUUUUGCUGCUGUUGAAACUCAAAAUGAAAUUGUUAAUGCCGUUGUUUGUUGCUCUCAUCGGUCUUAAAGCCACUAAAGCUUUGAUCUUGAGCAAACUUGCGAUAUUGAUUGUUCUGGGAUUCAUUAUCUACCAAUUCAUGGCUAAGUCAGGUAUGCCAAUGCCAAUGAUGAUGGCCCCUGCUGAACCUCCGGCUUCACUUUAUGGACCUGCUCCAUCCACGGCUCCACCAAGUUCUUAUGAACCAGGAUGGGAACCCAACCAAGGUGGUCCCUAUCAGAGAGUCUGGUCCGGGAAUAGCGAACCGCAAAGUCUCGCCUACUCUGCUUAUUAUCCAGGAACUACUGCCAGUAGCUCGACAAGCCGUCCUUGAAGUCAUAUCAUGAGAUACUGGAAGCUCUCAAUAAGUUGUUUUCUUUAAUUUAUUGUUGAAAUUUUAUUUAAAUGAUUAAAUUAUUUUUGUUUAUGAA